UGCAAACUGCAGAAAUAAUGAGAAGACUGCGGGGUCAUGCUACUUCAGUAGCAUUAGCUAAACCAUUGGUUCGUUAUCUACGUUUCACACUACCUCUAUAUGGUCUAGAGCAGAUAAAGGACGUUCCUACUUCGACUGAUCGCAAACCUCGAGGCCUGCAUCGUGGCCCUGGAAAGCGUCAAACGUCUCCCAAGGAAACAGCUGCCUAUCAGUUCAUCAAGCGUUGGGAUUUGCACAUGCAAGAAACUUGGGAUGACUAUGAGCCUUUUAAAGGCCUCCCCAAGCCUAAAUCACAGUUUGGAAACGAAGCAACCGAGAUCGUAUGGCCGUACGCUUUACUUUUAGAGCGCAUAGUUAAAGUACACCCCUUUACAAAGUCGAUUUAUGUGUACUACAGCCAGCGGCAAGAUACUACAUUCGGGAAGCUAGCUGCUGACACUGCCAAGGCAUUUUCACGCAACUAUCUUGUUCCUAUUACCUUUCAUAACCCUCAAGUUUAUAUUGAGACUGAAAUGCUGUUAGAGUACAGCGAGACGGCGUGGGUGGUAGUACACUGUCUUGAUGAUCGGUACGAGCUCUUGCCCAUCAGGCCUCAGGACGACAUGACAGUUUCACAAGGUGUCGAGACAGUCCUCGGUAGCGUUGUCAAAGCUUGUGAGGCUCUCGGUAGAAGCGUUGAGGAACCAAAGAAGAUGACGAGGGUGCUCAAUGAGCGUCCUCUUCAAAAUCAGUACCUUCGAAUUAACUAUCAGUGGUUCGGUGAUACCCCUGAGGAACGCAUGAGCCACAUUGUGCAGUGGGACUUCGAUCCGACUUCAGUAGAACCCACUCUGCGGUCGCGCACCCGUCAUGUUCUUGAUUGGCUGAACUAUGAUGGCAACUUACCAAACCAUAAUUCUGUUCGUUUGAACGUGCGAAGAGAAUCUGCGCGUCUGCAGCGCUCUCAUACGGUGGGUGGUCCUCGUUCCUUUUUUAAUUCAGCUGGUUCGCGGGCUAAUGCACAGACCCCCAGAUUCAAUAAGCCAACUUAGGAAGUGUGAAGAGGAAGGUAUGGACAUGCAUAUAAAUCUGAUCAAAGUAUACUAAAAGUGGACGGAACAGUGAGACGGGUAUUUUUUGAACAUGUUCAUUUUUUUUGCUUAUUGGUUUGCAUCAAAAAAUGCACCGCCACUAAAUAUUUUAUGGACACUUUGAAUCAGAUUAUCUAUUGUAAGCUUCUCCGAUUAAA